AUGUACCAGAAGAAGAAAUGGAAAGAAAUGGUCAUCCUCAUGUUACCCAUCAUGACCCUCAUGCGGUUAGCCACGACAGCCUGUAUCCUCGCAACUGUUCCCAAAUUGACCCUUUUUAUCGCCUCCUGCGUUACUUCGACCGACCCAGUCGUCUCACAAGCGGUUGCCAAGGGGCCAUUUGCCGACAAGUUUGUUAGGCGCUCGUUGCGUGAAAGAAUCUCUUCCGAGAGUGGCGCAAACGACGGCUUCGGGUUCCCGAUAUUAAUGCUUACGACACACCUCAUACGACAUGCAGAGGGAUCCGAGGUGCACGCCGAUGUUACGACACUACACGAAGUUCUAUUCCUGAUGGGCACCUCGGGAGCCAUUGGAACCGACGAUCUGCUAUCCUGCUUCGUCGCUGGCAGUGCAAUCAACUGGGACGGCAAGUACCUCGCAGAGGCACAGAAGCGACACGACGAAGUCAACGCCAACAUAGACGUGCUCCUCAACUUUGGCGGCUUCAUCUACCUAGGGACCAUCAUACCACGGAGUGACUUCAACUCCGACAUCACUGGAAUCAGCAUUGGCCGACUCUUUGGUCUUGACGCUCUUAUUCUCGUAUUACGCCGCAUUCCCGCCGUGCUUCUCACGUACAAGCUUAUGCCCGUCACCUCUUUCCCACAGUCCCCGAAGCAGCAGGCGAUAGCGAAGUGA